GUACGCGUAACAGUUGGUAAUGGCCGAAGUAAUUGAAACGAAAACUGUGAACGUCGAGCAUAGCAGGUUCUUCACCGCACAGAACAACUCGUGGUGGGAUGUGAACUCGCCCCUUAAACCCCUACAGCAGCUAAACGAGCGCGCCCUUGAAUACAUCAAGGACGUCCUCGUGGCGAAGGGUCUCGCAACUGACGACGACGGAAGAUUUCAGCUACGUGCCGGUUUGGUAGUUUUAGACGCGGGGUGCGGUGGAGGAAUACUGACCGAGCCACUCGCGAGAGCCUGCCCGAACGUAACCGCCAUAGACAUCAACAGAAGCGCAAUAGAGGUGGCCCGAGAGCACGCCAAACUUGAUCCCAGCCUAAAGCACCUCACGUACCAUUGGGAAAGCUUCGAUGAGCACGCGCUGAAUAACGUCGAGAAGUACGACGUGAUCGUCUGUAACUUGGUGAUACACUUCGCCGUAAACCAAGAGGAUCUCUUACACGAUCUGCUGAAAACGCUAAAGCCAGGAGGCACGAUAAUUCUAAGUUCCGUUUGUAAGUCAUACGAAGCGUGGCUAAAAAUAAUCGUACUCGGAGAGAUGGUUCUGAGACGGUACGCACGAGGGAACUUCAGGUGGGAGCAGUUCAUCAACCACUGGGACCUGGAGAAGAUCCUGGAGAGAAAUCACUGCACUGUGGAGAAUAUUAGGGGACUCCACCACGAUGUGUUCCCACCAUCGUACCAAUGGAGCGAGAACAAAAACGUAUUUUACUUUAUGCAUGCGACUAAACGACAGUGAUGCUUUGAAGAGAAAUUCUAACACACUAAUUGUAGAGUAGAUCACAACCCGGUACAACUUUUUAACAAGACUUUAGUCUUAGUCUGUGUUUUGUUGACAAAACCAUUUCCUGAAAAUUGGAAAGCGCGAAGAGUUGGAGCCACUUUCAGGUUUUUAAGGUUCUUUGGGCCCAUGACGCUCACUAGACCGUUGAUAAUCGUCAGACCUCCCGAAGUGGGGAGUUUUGAGAAAGGAUAGUGUUAUUCUUAAGAGUGGUGGUCAGAAUUAACGUCCUUCCCUGCACAAAAAGUUCUUCGGUGAUUAAGUUCAUUUUCCUCAUUUUGAAAAGAAGCUCAAAACUCAUAGGAUAUCUGGUGUCCGAUCUGUUACCUAUUAAACAUCAAUGCAGUUUAAUAAUUUAUUCUAAUCCUACAUUUGGUUCUCUCGAAAUGAACCGUUACCCUUGAAGAUCCUUGAGAUAGGAGUCUAGACUACCUUGGAUAACUCUAAAAAAUGCAUGCGGAUUUGUAAUGCAACAUCAACUCCUCAAUUAAAAUAUUUUGCUCUACAAUUCAUAUUAACGAAGGUAUAAGAUAGAUAUUCCAUACUUUUGACUAACCUUGUAUAUAAUAUUUUGAGUUUUGUAUGUUUAAUGGUUUUUUAAAUCUUAGAGACACCAUUUGAAAAUCGAUUAGUGAUAAUUAUUUGAAAUAUAAUAAUUUCCUUUCCGCGUUUUAGUGUUCCUGAAGUCGCUCUAUUCAGUAAAACUUCUGACAAAAGGAAAUAAAAAACCAUUUCUCGAGAAUUCCGUCUGAAAGACAUAAUUCAUUCGAAAUAUGUCAUACAAUUCUAGAAAAAAACAAAAAAGUUUCUCGCGUAAUGAAUUUUACUCUGCGCGGAUAAUUAUUGCGCGAUUUUGAAGGGACUGUUACAACUGCAUUAAUACCAGAUUAGUUAUGUUAGUUAUGUUAUAUUAUUUAUUAUAUACUUAUAAUUGGAAGCCCAUAUCAUUCUAGUUUAAGGCACCGCAAUAAUUGUAACGAUAUCAUUCUUAGAAAAAGAAAUAUGAUGUAAAAAUAGAAGAACACGGAUUUAUGUGCCGAAUGUGUACGAGGAGAGAUGAUAAAAUUCUCAGUUUCAAUUUUGAUUUGUUUUGACCUAGAUGGACCGGGGUUUUAUGAGUGGUGUGCAUACAAUGGUAUGCACAGAGCAAUGCAUGAC